UGGAUUAUUUUAGCAGAAAUGACAACACACAGUUGUUGAUAUCAGUAAAUAAUGUUUUCAGUCCAUUCCAGGUGACAAAAUGUCGUCCGAUAGUGAACUAGAAGAAUUUUAUGACGCGGAAGAAGCAACACCAAAGCGGUAUGUUCAGAAGAAUUCAUUGAAAGAUGCUCUGGAGAAGUUUUCUGAAUGUGUAACAGACUCUGAAGAAAGUGCAGAUGAAGUUGACAGUGGCAUAUUAAACAAUUUAAAAUCUGUUGACGAGGAGGAAAAAUGGAUGACUGUCCAUAGUGACAAAUUUAAAAUAUCUAAAUUAGAUGAGUUGGAUGGAACAGCAGAAAAAUGGACUACCAUCAGAAAUCAGCCAGAUAAGUCUGACCAGUCAGAUGAUUCUGAUGACAAAGUUGUUAUUCCUAACAGACCUGAACGAGCGGAUUCUAUUCUAGAAGAGGAGGCAAGGUUAAAAGAAAUCAGAAGAAUUCAAGAGGACAGGAGGAAAAAAGAAGAUGCAGAAUUCCAAAAUCAACUGGAAGAACUUAAAAGGAAGAAAAGAGAAAAGGAAAUGAUUGAGGAAAAGAGGAGGAAGGAAAAUGAAAAACGCAGAAGGAAAUUAGAACAAAUGAGACGGCGAGUUUCUGAUGGAAGUGACCACAUUCUGGUUGAUUCCAAAGAGGACAGUGACUCAGAUGUGUCACAAGAAUCAGCAAAGGAUCCAGUGUCUAUCAAAUUAACAGUUUACACAGAAAAUAUUAAUGUAUCCAUUCCAGAUAUAAACAGUGCUAAUCUAGUCUCCAAUUUGUGUGAAGCAGGACGACCAACAACCUUGCAAGCAAACAUUACCAUUCCAGACACUAAGACCAGUAGGUCCAGUUCAAUGAGAGGGGAUUCAAAUAGACAAGACAGACCUUUAUUGCACGCAAAUUUAGUGGUUCAAGAUCCUCUACGCAGUCGGUCAAAUUCUUCCAUAAAUUCUUCAGCAAGUGAAGGACCAGUAGUUACGAGUCGAUGUAUUCCAGAAUCAGAUACCAUUGUUAAUGAAGUUAUAGUAGCUUCAAAUGAACCAGAUAUUAUUAGAAUUACAAAAACUAGAACUCCACCAUCUACAUUACAGUAUCCAUCAGCACCUCAUAAUACUCUUACGUUCCCAGUUGCUCCACCUAGGAAAAAGAAAUGCUCGAGUAGUGAGCUUUCAGACAGUCCUUCAGAGUGGAGUAAUCGUACAUCUCUAACUUUACCUACACCUACCUCAACUGUUGAUAAAUUGACAAGAGAUUUAGAAUUCACAUUAGAUCUUCAGAGUGCCUUAGGUGGUGGACGCCAUAUCAGAACUGAAGAUGUAGAUGGACAUGCCAUCAACUCAGACAAACCAAGAUUCUUUAAGUCAGAAGACAGAUUAAAGAUUUCAUCAGAUUCAGAAUCAUCUCCAAGUUCUAAUUUACAGAUGUAUAGGCCUCGCUCAAACUCUGGUCGUCUGUUAACAGAUCAGGAAAUUCUAGAUGCUGUUAUGGUUGUCAACUUGGACACUGGUGAAGAAGUUCCCCUAAGUGUAGCCGAGGAUAAGAUUCCAAAGGGAAUGAAUCCAUUAUCGUUACAUAUAAUGAGACUGACGAAGGAAUACCGUGAUCAUGCAGGCGACACAGAGAGCAUAGACGAUGACAUGCAUAGUGAAACAAUGUCUCUCUCAGAGGAACAAGGGACAAAGAAAAAAGUGUCUAGAUUAAGGAAAAUGUUAGGAAAGAAAAUAGACCGCACUACCAACAGACUUAAAUCAGUAGCAGACCAAGUAUUGCACAUGGAAGAAACUGCAGUUGAACAGGAAAUAAUUUUUGAUGGUAAAAUGUUCAAGAUUAAAGCAAAAACCAGUAAAAUGCAGCAUGACUUUGAUAAACUACAACUGUUACAAGACAUGACAGGUGUUCAUACUGGUGCUGUAUGGAUCAUGAAAUUCUCUCCUUGUGGUAGACUACUGGCUACUGGUGGACAAGAUAAUACUCUGAGGAUUUGGGUGCUUAAAUCUGCUUUUACUUAUUUUAAUGAUAUGAAACAAAAAUAUGCUGAUGUUACUAUAUCACCUGCUCCAUCACAGGAAAGCCUUAAUUCGUUUCUUUCUGGUAGUUCUGGAGAAUUACUGGAACAAGCUAGCGGAGGCCAUGACCCUGAAGAUUUAAUAGCACCAUUCAUGCCAAAACCGUUUUGUACAUUUAGAGGACACACUGCUGAUGUAUUGGAUGUCUCCUGGUCAAAAAACCACUUUAUUUUGUCUUCCUCUAUGGAUAAAACAGUACGUUUGUGGCAUGUCUCACGUAAAGAAUGUCUGUGUACCUUCCAACAUAUUGACUUUGUUACAUCUAUUGUCUUCCAUCCAAAGGAUGACAGAUAUUUUCUGAGUGGAUCACUUGAUGGUAAAUUGAGGCUGUGGAAUAUUCCUGAUAAGAAAGUCACAUUAUGGAACGAAGUGCAGGGUCCUUCAGCACUAAUUACAACAGCUAACUUCUGUAGGAAUGGCAAACUAGCAGUCGUUGGCACUUAUGAUGGAAAAUGCAUAUUUUAUACGACUGAGCAAUUAAAGUAUUAUACACAGAUCCAUGUAAGAUCAACCAGGGGUAAGAAUGCCAAAGGAAGUAAAAUCACGGGUAUAGAACCUCUCCCUGGUGAAGAUAAGGUUUUAGUAACUUCAAAUGAUUCAAGAAUUCGUCUUUAUGAUUUACGAGAUAAAAUGUUAACUUGUAAAUACAAAGGAUGUGCAAAUAACAGCAGCCAGAUUAAAGCAAGUUUUAGUCCCAAAGCCAAAUAUAUCAUUUGUGGAUCAGAAGACCAGUUUGUUUAUAUCUGGAAACAGAAUCAUGAUUUCUACAAAUUUUCAUCAGCUCGUAGAGAUCGUAACGAUUAUUGGGAAGCAAUAAAAAUUCACAAUGCUGUUGUAACAGCAGCCAUCUUUGCUCCCAAGCCUUCCUUAUUAAAACCAAAUAGUAAGAAGAAAUAUGCAGAAGAUUCAGAUGAAGAUGAAGGAGAAGUUAUGGUUACAGCAGAUUUUACUGGAGCAUUGAAAGUGGUCCGAAACUUAAAAGGAACAUUGCAUUAGAAAUCUAAGGAUAAAUCAUAAUAGAAAUGAUCAUUUUCAUCAUUUUAAUGUAGAAGUUUGACUUUAUUUCUAUCAGAUUUCUGCCACCAAAGAAGGGGAUUUGAGCAAAUGAGACUCCAAAUGUACUUUUUAUGAUAGUGAAAUUUUCCCUAACAAGAUUUUGUUGCAUUACAAUAGCUUGUUCAAGGAAAUAAAUGGCACAGAUUAUUUUAAAGAUAUAAAGUACUGGUAUUGCAGUUUUAACAUUUAGAUUUUCAUUACCUAUUUAGUUUAGCAGUUCAGAGAAUCAUGACUAUAAUGGUGUUUCAGUCUGAUAUUUAAAUAUUUACUUUAUUGUAGAUUUUAGAAAUUGUCCGUUUAUUUUUUUUUAGAAAUUUUCUAAAAUAUCUAAUUAAUUAUUAUUUUUUAGAAAUAUAUAUUUUCUUUCAUUAUGCAAUCUUUCUCAAUUAGUAGUACAAACUUAAAUAAUUAUUUUUCGAUUUUUUUUAUGUUAAUUAUGUCAUUUUUACCCUUGGAGAAUAAUUUUGUAUUUUAAAAGAUAAAAAUCACAUACAUUGUAGUGUGACCUGAAAAUAGACAUCAUGCAACACAAAUUUUAUACAUGGUAUUAUGUGUAAGAAUAUACAGUUAUUUGGUAAACAGGAAGUGGAUGAGCAAUGAACCUGAAAAUGCAUUGCACAGUAAUUCAUGCUCACAUGAAGCUUGCAUACCAAAUUUCAGGAAGCUCUGAUUUUUAGUUCCUGAGAUAAACUUUACCAAAAUUUUAUGGGAGGUACGGACAGGCCGACAGAUGUUAACCAGUAUACUCCCUCCUUUUGAAGCAAGAUAUAAAACGUUUACAAAUUUUAAGAUAAAAAUUAAUUUAAAAACCAACAUUUCAGCUGCUUUUAAAAAAAAUGUCAUUUAUAAUUAUAUAUCAUAAACACAAAUAAGGAAGAGUCUUAGUGAAUUUGUUCAUUGUAUACCCUCCUUACUCAGGAGAAGCAGUCAGUCUGUCAAUCAUAUAAAAGAACAGAUAUUUUAAGCCUGUUCUUAAUACUUAAGUUUAUGAUAACUAUACAAGUUUAUACUUGUUUCUCAGUCACUGCCAUUCUGGCUUGUUUUUACUGCCAUUAAAAUAGUUUUUUCCAUUGACUGGAAUUACUAAAGGGUAAAUUCAGCAAUUUCUUGGAUUUGUUUUGGUCUGAUUUACUUAAUUAACUUCAAUAUUAAUUUCUAGAUUUUUACCAAUUUUUUAUAGUUGGAAGUUAGGGACGUUUAAAUAAAACCCAUUGUUUCAACUGAGCAGUGUCAUUUAUACCUUUUAAUUUGAAAGUGAAAGUUGGGACAUAUACAUUCAGAACAUAAUGCACAAAUUUAAACAUAAAUUCAGAUUUUUCUUUACCUCUGAAGCUAAUGCACUUUUGAAUAUUCCUCAACUAGAUACAGCAUUGAUUUAAAAACAUGUAUCUGUAAAUGUAUCUCAUGAGGGAUCUAGAAUGGUUUCCAUGUACCUGAGAUACUGUAAAAAUAAGGAGAUCCAUUUUAGCUCAGGUCUCAAAUGUUUGAGUAUGUUUUCUAAUGUCUAUAUGUAAUAAUAAGAUGAUAGAUGACAAUAAAACAUGCCCAUUUAUUUUAUUGUUGCUGAAAUAACAUUGAAUACAAAUUUCUUUAAAAGAUUGACAAAAAUCAUCAUGUGUGGGAGAUACAAUCUUGAUAAUAAAAAAAAAAUUGUGUAAAAUAAUAUGCAAAUUAAGCAUACUCCUCAUAAUUCAUUUGAAAAAAAGGCAAGUAUUUGAGAACCAGAAGAUAAGAUGUCAUGGCAUUAAAAUUUGUUUCUGUGUUUUUUACAAUUUGUGGUCUAAAUUUUAAAAAAACAUUUUGUGUGCAUGGUUAUUAAAAUGGCAAUUCCCUCUGUCCUGCUCAUGCAAAUUUGAAUGAUUUUAAUUACACUUGUUAAGUUUUCAGCUAUAUUUGUUUUAAUUAUGAUAGCAGAAAUUAUGAGUCAUUUAAUCUUUUCCAGAAAUCACUUUUCUUAUUUCUGAAAUAUAACAUGGCUAUUAAAAUGGCAAUUCCCCUGUCACACAUGCUCAUUCAAAUUGAAGUGAUUUUAAUUGUACUUAUUAAGUUUUGAGCUAGUUUGUCUGUAUUAAGUAAGCCUGUAGAUGUAUUGAAUCUACUUAUUAAGUUUUGAGCUAGUUUGUCUGUAUUAAGUAUGCCUGUAGAUGUAUUGAAUCAUUUAGUUUGUUCCAGAUAUAAAUGUUCUUAUUUCUAUAAUAUUAUUUAUGUAUCUUAUAGUAUGAGUUGUCCAUUUUAUUGAAGUAUCUGUGCAAUAUAAUUGUCUGUGAUAAUGUUGUAAUGAAUUGAAUUGAUGCAAAAGUAGUAUCGUGGAUUUUUUUGAAAUCCAAGAACUGACACUUUUCAGGUUUGUACUUUACAAAACAUUAUUGUAUCAGUCUUAUUAAUAUUGUUAACAUGGGCAUUUAUAAUGAGAGCCAAUUUAGAUUUAGUGCUUUGUUUUAUAUCAAAUAGAUUUUCAAAAUUUUCAAACAGACAAAUCUAUAAACAUGGAAAUACACUUUGUAAAAACAUUUUUACUCUUCAAUUAAGGUAUACAUUUAGAAUAUGGUACACAAUUUUUACUUUUUAUUUAUUUGGAAACAUUAGUCUUGUUGAUAACUUUUAUACAACUAAACAUUUUCAAUUCAGGGAAAGAUAAUUAUACUGAAUAAAAUGCAAUUCAGCCAAAUUUGACAUUUUUGUGAAAUCACUAACUAUAAAAUCAAUAGAUAAUUAUAGAUUAUUUGGUUUUUCAAACAAGAAUGUGAUUCUCAGCUACAAUCUCAUCGAAAAGGGGACAGACCUGAGAUGAGAUGUAACUGAAUUACCAUUGAUCAUCUGUUGGUCAUCAUAAUAGUAUACCAACUGUUUAUUAAUUAAUGCCAUUAAAAAAAAUUGAAAUAGAUGGCAAAGAAUUCAUCAUAAUUAAAGAUUUGUUUACAUUUACAUUGAAAAUGGGGUUAAAUUGAAACAUGUAAUAUCAUCAAAAUUAUUGACCUUUUCCAUAUCUGUUGACGUAUUAUAGCAAUCGGACUGUUGAAACAUAGUUCCUUUAAUUGCUUCUUAACCUUUGUGGCAUUGUCAUCUUUAAAGUUGACUUGUUUACAUGCACCAAUAGAUUUUCAUGACAUUAGUUAGACAUCAGAAUUGUAUGAUUUAAUGGUAUAUGGCCCAUAUAGUAUCAUUAAGUAGCAGUAGCACAGUAUGGUCCCAUGUAGGGUUACUCUCAUCCUAUAUAUGGAACAGUGGGAUUUUUUUACAGAAUUGAUAUAAUUUAUGAUAAUUUGCUUUCUAAAAUUGUUCUUUGAAAUUAAGUGAGAUGCUUGACUUUCCAAAUGUAAUAAUUGAGAUAGGUUUCAUAGUAAUUCAUUUAAAUGCUGGGAUUUUUUUUAACACUUUAAUUCAAGCUAAUGGACCAUUUUAUUUCAAUUUCUAGCAAGUAUUAGCUAUUUAUCAGAAAGGGUAUAGAAUAAAUAUUUAAAAAGUUACUUUAUGUAUGGAUAACAUAAUAAAUCCUCAAAUAUGAGUAAUUUUUAUUUAAUUCCAUCAGAAUAAAAAAAUAAAAAUAAAUAAAAUAGCAAUCAAAUGGAAAGUGAAACCACUUGCUUUUAUGUAAGUAAAACCUUUUUUUUCUCUCCAAUUUUCAGUAAAUAGAAUUAGCAUAUUGUGUUCGUUUGUCAAAUGAUCUCAUAUUGCAAAACAUAACUAAAUGCCAAAGCAAAAUGAUUUGUAUUCUGUCUCGAAUGUGAAAAUUCAAUUAAGGCAGGACAUCAUUAUUUGUCUGAGGAAAGCAUUGACAUGAAAUAAUUAUUAAAGCUAAAUUUCCCAAUUUUCAUAUGGUUUUCCCAAAUUUGUAUUGAGGUUACUAAUUCAAUUUUUUGUCACCUGACUUUGAUCUCAUUUUCAUGCUCCAGUGGUAUAAAGUUUUCAGGCUUAGUUCUGUUUCUCAUUCACUAUCAAUGAUUGGAAAACAAUAGUUGAUAUGUGGAUUCGUAACAAAUAUAUGCUCAUUUGGCAUGUCUAAAUUAAAAAAUGUCCUUGACCUCAUUUUAAGACUAUUAAUCUAGUUCAGUUUUUCAGGAUUUAAUUAGUUCCUUGUAAUGCUUACCCAAUAAUGUCUGUUGUUAAGUCACUAAACAUGACAGGUAACCAAUAUUGUGGAUUUUCUGUAAAACAGUUGAUGUCUGUUUUACAUGUCAUGACAAGUCAAUUUAAAAAGAAAGAAAAUAGUAAAAAAAAAAUGUUUAUCAUGACAUGUAAAACUAUAAAUUGUUUUGCUAAGGCUUUUCAUACUUAAUGUUUGUGCCAAAAAAAGAACCACUCAUGACAAAACCAAUGCUUUACAAACUAAAUGUUUGAUUUCAAUCCUCAUGUUCAUUUUUCAUAGAGACACAACUUAUUAGAAAAUACAUUUUUUUCCGAUCAUUAAAAAUUUGUGAAAACCUGGUUUUUAGCAUUUUAAAAAAUAAAAAGCUGCAUACAAAAAUGAUCUAGAAACAUUGCAUUUUUUUUGUUUAGCUAAAAAAUAUUAAAAGUACAGGAAUAUUUUAUGGAAAUUGUAUAUGUAUGUUAUUACUAUAUAUACAAUAUAUAUAUAUGCCAGUAAUUUUGUAUUAAAAAUAUCAUAUGAUCAAAGUAAACUAUCUUCACUGAUCUUCAAGUGUUAGUUCAAUCUCAUACUUUUUAAUUAUACAUGACAUAUAUUUAUCAUAUUCAGAGGGCAUUUACAGAAAUAUUUAUGUAUGGAAUAUGAAUCAAUAAAUGCUACAUGAAUAAAAAGAAAUUUCUGCUAGUCAUGAUAGAGGAAUAAAGAAUCACAAA